AAAAAAACAAAAAAACCUCCUUUCUUCCCUCACACCUUCCUCUGAAUCCUACUGGUCCCACCUCAUGAACCUAUCCGACACCUUCUCCUGAAGCAGGCACCACCUGCUUUGGGAGCGAUGGCUGUAGCCCCCUCCCUCUGGCCAGUGCAUGCUGAGCCUGUGUGACCCAAGCUUGCUGGGACACUUGAGGAUACCGCCGUGCCCUGCCGGGCUGACGUUCUAGGAGGAGAUAGAAGGAAACAAACAUAGAAGUCAGAAUAAGUAGGUGACGGAGCGUCGGGAGUGCUGAGCGCCAUGGGGAGUCAGACAAGGAAGGAGAGUCCAGGGCAGGUUGCCAUUUAAGCGGGGGGCGCUGGGGUCUAUCCAUGGUUCCUUCUCAGCUCAGUUGCACCAGGAUCUUGUUGAGUCAGGUCAGUUCCCCACUGCCCUCUCUCCUGCCCCAGCUGACUGCUGUUUCCAGACUUCCCUGGCCACGCUCCACAUGCCAGCUCUGCAGCCGGGCACUCUGUUCUCACGCUGUCCUCCCUGCCUGCGGGGCUCAUGCAUGGGAAGUUGCGUGGGCAGCCUUGGUGUUGGAGGGUUCAGAGCCUGCCCCCUACUCUCCAUGAGGCCCCUCUCCCAGUGCCUGAUACUCUGGGCCGACGCCCCUGAGUCCUUUCCUCCACAAGGCUUCACCCCGUCCCUGUCCUCGCUGGGCCCGCCGAGCUCGGUUUCAGCAAGAAUCCUGCUAAAUCAGUUUAUGGAGAAUUACCCACCCUUGAUAUCUGAUCCAAUUCCUCAACUCCCACCUCGAUCUCAUCACCCUGCCGGCCUCCUGCAGGAUCCCCGCUGAGCCGCUCUAGUGAGAACCCCCUACCCUCGAAGGCUCCCCUGACCAAAUUCCCAUCCGCUGACCCCUUCGAUGCCAUCAGCCCCCAGCUGUGGUUGUUGAAUUCAGAGGUGAGCUCCUCUCACCUCUCUCUUGAAUAAAGCUUUUCUCAGCAUUUUAACAAGUCCUUAGAAUAAUAUUUUCUUAACAAGCCCCUGCUCCACCCAGAAUUAUGGGUGCUGAGGGCAAAUUUUUAACCUGCUGAGAUCCAGUGGGGCAGCUGGGAAGGGGCCACGGCAGAGGGGGGGGUGUGCUUGAGGGUGGGGUCUUUGGUCUGCCCCCACCUAUGGGGAGGGACCCCACAGAGGUGUUUAAAGCCAUGGGCAAGUCGGAGGCUGGGUCCACAGACAACCCUAAGCAGCUCAUCAGCUCAGGACAGGAGGGAAGCUGGCUCAGGGCAAGAGGAUGUGGAGCUGCUGGGGGCUGCUCCUGUGCUGACACAUUAACUCCCUGAGGCCAGGGGAAAGGUGCAUGGUCACUCAUUACCAUGGUCAGUUAUGUAACCUGGGGCGUAUAUAUGAGCCCGGCUGAGGACACACUCGCCAGCCUGCACUUUGCCACCCGAGUGCCGCCCCCUCUCAGGAUGAAGGGCCCAGACCCUUCCCUGGUCUACCGACCUGACAUGGACCCAGAGGCGGCCAAAGACAAGGGCAUCUUCCGGAACUACACGUCAGGUCCCCUCCUGGACCGUGUCUUCACCACCUACAAGCUCAUGCACACACACCAGACGGUGGACUUCGUCAGGAGCAAGCAUGCCCAGUUUGGGGGCUUCUCCUACAAGAAAAUGACAGUCAUGGAGGCUGUGGACCUGCUGGACAGGCUGGUGGAUGAGUCCGAUCCAGAUGUGGACUUCCCCAACUCCUUCCAUGCCUUCCAGACAGCAGAGGGCAUCCGGAAGGCCCACCCAGACAAGGACUGGUUCCACCUUGUUGGGCUCCUACAUGACCUGGGGAAGGUCCUGGCCCUGUUCGGGGAGCCCCAGUGGGCAGUCGUUGGAGACACCUUCCCGGUCGGAUGCCGUCCCCAGGCCUCCGUGGUUUUCGGCAACUCCACCUUCCAGGACAACACUGACCUCCAGGAUCCAAGAUACAGCACAGAACUCGGAAUGUAUCAGCCCCACUGCGGGCUCGAUAGGGUCCUCAUGUCCUGGGGCCACGAUGAGUACAUGUACCAGGUGAUGAAAUUCAACAAGUUCUCACUGCCCCCGGAGGCUUUCUACAUGAUCCGGUUCCACUCCUUCUACCCCUGGCACACCGGCAAUGACUACCAGCAGCUAUGCAGCCCGAAGGACCUGGCCAUGCUACCCUGGGUGCAGGAGUUCAACAAGUUUGACCUCUACACCAAGUGCCCGGACCUGCCAGACGUGGACACGCUGCGGCCCUACUACCAGGGGCUCAUUGACAAGUACUGCCCUGGCAUCCUGAGCUGGUGACCCUCCUGCCACCCAAGCUGCUGCUGGAGCCAGGCCUGGCCCUCCGCCUGCUUGGAGAGGUCUGGCCCUGAGCAGACAGCCAACAUCAGGGUUCACCUCGGUGGGGGACCUCACUCGCCCCCUUAGGGUCACCACCCUUCAUGGCCACUUGUGCCUGGUGGCAAUAAAGACCUGGAAGGAGACUGUGCUUCUGAA